AUGCGGCUCCUGCACUUUGGACGGCUCGCGAGGACUUUUUCCGUUAAGCAAGUUUUCCGCACGGGAGGCGCUGGAGGGACAAUCCAGUGGAAACUGCCCUUGUGGGCCUGCGGCUCGUUGGGAACGGAUGGCUUGGAACAGGUGCCUUGCAACAAAGGCUUCGCCUCGAGCUCGCCGACGAUGUCGUCAAACAAUGACAAGGACGACAAUCUAGGUCCCGAAUAUAUCUUUCAGGACCAGAUGGUUUGGCCCUUGCCUCCCGAUGUGCUGGCAUCAGCAAACCCGGGGUUGGCUGAGGCAGUGAGGCAUGAUCGAGAGUUGACCAGGAAGGCUGCGGUUGAGCGUAUUUCCAAGAUAGUGCUUGAUCGAAAUCCAAGCUGGCAGAAUGCAACGAUUCUUGCUGCGCUGCACAUGCUCAAGCCGUCUGAGCUGCAGCAGGAGCUUCAGCAUUGUGGAUUGGUGACAGUUGGGGAUGAGGAGACCAUGAUAGGUAGAUUGGCAGAAUUCCUUGAAGUUGAAGAAAUAGAAAACAGUGGCCGGCGACAGAGAAGAGACCAGAUGAUGGAGGAUGAACUCGAGCAGUUACAGUCUGAGCCCUUGAGCAAGUUUGACUUUGUGCAUGUCGUAUCCCCUGACAAGGUGGUGAAGAUCAUGGCAGAUGCGCAUGCCACAGAUAUUUGUAUAAUUGAUGUGACAAAGAGUGCACGGUUUGCAGACUACUUUGUGUUGGCAAAUGGACGAUCGCUGAGACAUCUGCAUGCCCUUGCUGCUUCUGUUCUGUCAGAGGUUAAGCAGAGCUGCCAACGGAAAAACAUCUCACAUGUUGCAGAAGGGGUGACGCCAGGAAUUGAAGGGGAGAUGGGCUGUGACUGGGUCGUUGUGGAUGCAGGCAGUGUGGUUGUGCACGUCUUCAUGGAAGACGCCCGUCGGUAUUAUGACUUGGAAGGCCUUUGGGGGACUGAAGAUAACAUCAGGAGGAUCACCACUGAUAAAAUGGUAGAGACGUUGGAUACUAUCAAGGUCGUCGAUGAAGACAACCGGUGA